AGGGGUGGAGAAGACACCGCGAGGGAUGAAGAUGAUGCUUCUCCUGCAUAAAGGUGAUAUUUUUCGGCCUUCUUCCUGUUGUGUAUCUUACCCCCCUCGUCGUCUGUCUGAUCAGCCAGCCAAAGAUGAAUUCCCGAAGAAAAAGGUGCCCGAAGGAGAAGGGUAUCGUCAUAGACUUGUGUAGCGACGCAGCUGAGGAUGGAGUUGUCUCGGCAGCGUCGCAGGGGGUCGAGCAGGUACGGCGGCGGAAGGGCAACAUAGGUGGGCGAAAGGAUUGUUGUAUAGAUGGAUGCACGGUCGUGCCUGGUGGUCUUUCUGCUUCUGUCAAGGGGCCGCAGAAGAGGAGACGCAAUUCGCUGCAAAUGCUGCUUGCUAAUCAAGAAAUUGUGGAGUACAGGCUCAGGUCGAAAACAAGGAAACAUGAGGGAGGAUCCUGCAGAGGAGGAGAGGUGCAAACGGGCAAACGUGGCCUCGACGAUCCUGGGGAUGAGAGGCAGGAUGGUGCAUGCGCCGGUGCCAGAAGGAUGGGUGGCAGCGAAGAGGAGGCGACGUGGAGAAAUGCUGUGGAGGAGAGGGGGGAAUGGGUGAAGAACGGCAUGUGUGCGAGGAUGGAAGGACGGAAUGCACACGGGAGCGGCUGUGGCAGUGAAGACGUAGGGAGGGCUCAUGGUGGAAUGGCAGACUCCUUAUUGGAUACGAUGGUAAACAGAGAAGAACCAGAGAUUGCCGCGGAGAAGGAGAUUCGAGCGGAAGAGAGGAGGGUGGCACACCGUGGGAGAGAGGGGGAUGUGACAGUCAGUGGCAAGCAGCUGGGGAGUGUGCAUGAGAAUGGCGAGGUGGUAGAAGAGGGGUGCAACAGGGGUGUCAUUUUGUUCAGAAGAGGUGAUCGAGGAGGAGGAGGUGUAGGAGGAGGAGGAAACCCCACCAGGAGGGAGGAGGUUGAGGAAGGAAGCCUGUUGAGAGAGAAACCGGGGGCGGGCAAAUUACUCCUCCCCUCGUGGGAUGGAGGUGGUUGUACAGACAACAAAAAGUUAUCAGGUGAAAGGGACGGUGGAACUCUGCGUGGGCACGCUGAACGAGGCCUGUUACAAGAGAGGGAGUCGUACAAGCGUCACGGGCCCCAGGACAAGGGACAGACAGAACGAUUAGGGGGGACCCAGGGGGGUGGAGGAGCAGCAUCUCCGUCAGCUCGUCAAGCUUUCACACAGGAGGAAGUUUGUCUUGUAGAAGCAGAGGAUGAAAAAAUCCCAGCAAAUGAUAGGACUGCCAGUGCGACCUGCAUUGCUGAGCAGGGAAGGAGUCCUAAUGUAGAGAGCAGCAGAAAGGCAGGUAUCCUACCUGAGGGGCAGGGGCAGGGACGGAGGAGACCAGGAAAGAGAGCCAACCCAAAAGAGGCAGCAGCUGACACAAUAGGGACUGGGGUGGCGGACUUACUAUUAAGGAAGGGGUCGAACGCGUGUAGAAGCAGCGUUAAUGGUAGUAAAGUGGCAGCAGGAGUAGAUAGACUGGUUUGUGGAACAGCAAACCAGUCAAACCAGUCAAACCAGUCAAACCAGUCAAAGAAGUGCAAGGUAGAUAGAGUAGCGUGCGUCGGAAAUAACACGACUCGUGGAGAUUUGGAAGUAGAUGGGAGAGUAGGGUGUGAAAAUGUUGAAGAGAAAAGAGAGGAUAAUGAGCGGUUGACACGAGGGGCAAUCGAAGUGGUAGCUGCUGCUGAUGAUGCAGACGACGAUGCAUGCGUGAAGACCAAGGUUGAAGUAAAAUGCUCUGGGACCUCUGAGCCAAUCAGGAAGAUGCCUGCGAGGAGGUGCAAGGCGAAGAGUCUGGCGGAAGGAGAGGAUAGAAGGCGGCACUGUGAAAAGGAAGGAGGCUCCGCAGACAAUAACGAUGAACCUGAGAAGGGAAGACCGAGUGUCUGUGAUGCCGAUGAGGGAGGGAGAAGAGAGCAUGCUGCUUUUCCAGAGGAUCAGGGACUGAGAAGACCAGGAAAGAGGACCAACGCGGUCCCAAAAGAGGCAGCAGGAGUUGACAGACUGGUUUGUGAAGCAGCAAACCAGUCAAAGAAGUGCAAGGUAGAUAGAGUAGCGUGCGUCGGAAAUAACAUGACUCGUGGAGAUUUGGAAAUAGAUGAGAGAGUAGGGUGUGGAAAUGUUGAAGAGAAAAGAGAGGAAAAUGAGCGGUUGACACGAGGGGCAAUCGAAGCAGUAGCUGCUGAUGAUGAUGCAGAUGAUGAUGCAUGCGUGAAGACCAAGGUUGGCGUAAAUGGCUCUGGGACCUCUGAGCCAGUGAGGAAGAUGCCUGCGAGGAGGUGCAAGGCGAAGAGUGUGACGGAAGGAGAGGAUAGAAGGCGGCGCUGUGAAACGGGAGGAGGCUCCGCAGACAAUAACGAUAAAGCUGAGAAGGGAAGACCGAGUGUCUGUGAUGCUGACGAGGGAGGGAGAAGAGAGCAUGCUGCUUUUCCAGAGGAGAGCAUUGGUUUGCUGCUUCACACGCAACAGGCGAUGGAAUCGGUGAGAGAGAAGACAAUGGGAGAGGGAAUGACAAUCGAUGCUAGGCGUUGCCAGUCUGCUGAGGAGAGGCAGAAGGAAACGCACGCCAGUGGGGAAAGUAAACAAGGCGGUGAUGGUGAUGUGUCCCGCCGGGAAGCAAUGGAGAGCAGCACUAUCAGGGGAGAAUCACUGAGUGAAGAUCAGCAGACUUUGCAUGCUGCGAAGUGCAUAAAAGGCAAAAAAGACAAGGUGGGAAAAAUUGCAGUUGCUGGCACAAGUAAGACGACGCGUUUCAAGAAAGCGGAAAACGGAGUGCAGAAAGAAGAUGAUGAUCACUGGAGUGCGGCGCAGCUAGAAGCCUUGAAUCGAGCUCAGAGGGCAGUGCAUCCAACAACUCCGUUUUUCUGGGUCGAGGUCGCAAAGCGGGUGCCCGGGAAAACUUCUACCCAGUGCUACGCCAAGGUUUUUGAACCGAUUCGCUCUCCAAGGCGUCGACGCGUGGCGCCUCGAUCUCAAAGCACCGCAUCUGGAAAGCAGCAAACGAAGGUACAGAACCCAGCCUGUGACCCACAGGCAGCAUCAUCAUUAACAGCCAAACCUCAAUGGAACAUGUUGACUGGGAAGAGGUUGGGGGUGUCUGCAAUGAUGGCUGCGCACAGAGCGGCGAGAGAGAUGGUACGGAGCGCGGCCAGCCUGAACAGGACGAAGGCAAGGCUGUCAAGUAUUGUAGAGGUUGAUGGUGGCACGCAGGAGUCGGGCGGGGCCAUUGCAGGUACCAGCGUCAUGAACGGCAGCCAUCGUGUGAGCGGAAUUGGAGGUUCGACGGGGACCACUACACAGGUGGGAGCGGUGGUAAGAUCAAAAAGUGCCCUUGGCAAGUGUACGGUCGGUGAAAGCUGCAUGACGGAACCUGAUACUGAUGGCUCUGAGGACGUGUCUCCAGCAAGUGAAGAGGAGGAGAGGAGCUUGUUCCAGAGCAAGGCGGAGCAGCGCAAGAUGGACAGGUUUGUGGACUUCUACCUCAGGAAGAAAUACAGAGCACAGCUCGAGAGGGAAAAAAGGGAGAGAAAGAUGGCAGGCCGCGGCGCAAGAUCAGUGAACUCGAACUCGAUGUGCUUCUCCUCGGUGAGUUCCCUCACAGCAAAGUGUCCAGAGGACUGCGAUCCGAACAGGAAUAAGAAUGCGGACAACAAGGGUGCGGCGUUCCCAGUGAGUCAGAACGCUGUCCAAGUCUCAGCCCCACUGCAAAAACUAGCCCAAGUUUCAGCCCAGCUCCAAAAACUAGCGCAAACAUCACUAUCAAAGUGCGAAGAGCUUCAUCGUUGUAGGAGAGGCAAUGACGACCCCAUGGACGACAGCGAAGAUCCAGACGAGGACAAGGACUUCUAUUUCAGUCCGUGAAGUGCCGCAACCCGAAUCCCCCACCCACCUCCCCCUCCCUCCUUCCUUUAGAAAGCUAGAAGAAAUGUACAGACUGGGAAAGAAAGAAGAAGUGGACACAAAACCCCUUCUUCAAUUUCUACUUUCUCCUCAUGAAGUCUUUACUUCUUCUCUCUGUUCAUUGUUCAUCUUAGGAUCACCUUAUAAGUUAUAAGCUUUGUUUAUUUGAAAUUAUUUACCCGUUUUAGUCUGUGAACUAGGACACUUUUCGAAGUUGUUGCCAUCCGAUUGAAGCUCCUUGGAAAGUCCUCCAAGGAUAAAUAUUAAAUGGUAUA